AUAUUGUUACAAACGCGUCUUCCGUUAGUAAAAUAUGUGUUCGUAUAAAAUAAUCGGUGUAACUUAAGAAAUCUUUCAAUUUACGUGUUUUUUGUCAACAAAUAAUAACAAAUGAGAAACAUUGACAAUAUAGCAUUUAUUUCUUUGAGUUUUUUGUCGAAGGUUGCAGUUACUGAAUGUCUCGCAAGGUCUUCAUCAAAAAUACUGUUUGGCGGUUUGAUGAGUUGAUGAAGGUUCAGUGGACACAUUUGAAAGUGUGGUUAGUUUGCUUCGAAUAAAGGAGAAAUAUGAAGUGGAUAGGGUUCAUUUCACCUCUCAUUAGAUGGCAAACUACUGUUGGAACAAAAUGCUUAUGUCAAAGGUCUUUUUCGUCCAUGCAUUACUUCAAACAUUUGGGUCCCCCGUCCGAAAACGCAACAUUUCCUAAUAACUUUAAUAACUUGUAUGGCACUAAGUUUGUGGAUGUACCUCUUGCCUCAAUGACUGUAAGGCAUUAUGCGAAAGGGAAGGACAAGAAAAAGGAAAAAGAAGAGACAAGUAAAACUCUAAUGCACCCUAUACUUUUAAAUUACCUGACAGGAAAACAUAAGACUUCUGUUGAUGAAAGGAUGCUGGCAGAAGUUAUUCCAUUGGAUGAUAUAAAGAAUCAGAUGCAAAAAGCUGUUGACCAAUUGAAAGCGGAAUACAUUCAGUCGCUGUCACUCCGUUCUUCCACUGGUGCCAUUGACAAUUUGCAUGUAUCAUUUGAGGGAAAAGAAUAUUCUCUUCAGGAAUUGGGACAAGUAGUAAGGAAGGAUACGAAGACUGUCAUUAUUAACAUGGUAGCAUUUCCACAAGCCAUAACUGCUGUGCUGAAAGCAUUACAAAAGUCAGGAAUGAAUUUAAAUCCACAGCAAGAUGGUACUACAUUAUAUAUUCCUGUGCCAAGAGUCACCACUGAACACAGAGCUCAACUUGCCAAAAAUGCUAAGACACUUUUCAUCCAAUGCCGUGAUGCAGUAAAAAAUGUGCAGCUAAAACACGAAAAGAAAUUGAAGAACUCAUCAUUAGCUCAAGAUACAGUCUUCAGUGUUCAACAACAGCUAGGCGCUCUUGCAGAGAGCUACAUAACACAAGCAGAUUCCUUGCACCAAAUUAAAGUUAAAGAACUCUCAGGAAAAGACUCUUAGAUAACUGUAGUUGUAGUAAAGAAAUAUAUCUUAUGUGGGUGUGAAUGAAUUUUUAUUUUAGUUUGUGCUGUUUUUUUGUCAAGUUCUUUUGAAGUUCAUACAACAUGUUGAAAUAAGUGUAUGUUUUGUCAAAAAAAUAAAACCUCAUUGAUGUGUUGCCAAAGUACUUUUGUUGUGAGCAAUAGUAAUUUGGUAUCUUUCUUUCAUUGAAAUUUUAAUGUUUUCUGAAUGUGUAAAAGGAAUAGGUGUUCACAAUGCAGCGUUUUAUGUCCUUUACUGCCCCCUGAAUUACAUAAAUAAGUUCCCAAUUUUUGUAUUUCAGGCAUUUAUGAAUUACAAUUAGUUUCAUAUAUAUAUAUAAUAAUAUAUAUAUAUAUUAUAUAUAUAUAUAUAUAUAUAUUGCAAUCAAGCGUGUUAAUAUAUAGUCUUGUAAGAGAAUAUUUCCAGUGCUUGUAAUCUUUAAUUUCAGAAGUUUAUCAUUUGAAGGGAAGAUUCUUUAGUCUAUAAAUUAUUUUUUUUAUAUUUUAUUAUUUGUGCCCUCUGACAAGUUAAUUAGCCAAUCCACAAGAGAAAUAUUCACAUUUUUAGUGUUCACAUGUGUGUUUAUAUAUUCUUUCUAUUGUUCUUUGUAAGUUUUGUUUUUGUUUCAUUAUUAGAUUUGUGUACAUAUUUCAAUAUAAAAAAAUAUGAAAUGCUGAAAAGCUGCAAGUAGGAGGGACACUUCUUUUACACAUAGUUUAAAAAGAGUAGUCUUUUUUUAUAUAUUGAUUUUAUUUGUCAUCAAAAGAACAGUUAAAACUGAGUGAUGUGUUAUAAAAAGUGCAGUUUGUGCAUGGUUUCUUGAGCUCUGGAAUCUCUUCCCUAACAUAUUCAUAUUAAGGUGAAUUAUGAAUACAGAUAGCAAUGAGCAUUUUGGGAAGAAUUGGUAUGAAUAUAUUCGCUUCAGUGAAAUAAAAACUAUUUACAAAGGCUCAGCUGUGGAUUUUGGCUACUAUCUCUAAGUACAAUACUUGUGAAAGGCAUAUUUGUUUAGUUAUCCGUAGGCCUUUUAGGAAUGUAGUGUAAUCUAUAUCUUGCUUACUUGGAGCUGGGGAUCAGUUUUCACUUCACCCUUAUGACCUUCAGAAAACUUUUAUGACCAAAUUUAGGACAAACCAUUUUCUCGAAUUAUUGUAUUUAUUAAACCAUUAUCGUAUUUGUACAGCACAAUGUUUCAAGGCUCACAAUUUGCUUUAUCAGGCUAAAAUCAAUACAUUAUAUUCAAUAUUAUACCUUAUGUUACAACUGAAAAAGUUACCUAGUACAACAAGACUUUUUGAAGUCACCGUAGUGUAUAAUAGCCACAAUUCACCAGAACAAGAAGCGUGAUAUGACUUAUGUUUCCUUGUAAGUUAUGAUCUUCUGAGAUCAGAUUCUGAAGAGUAAAGGAUUCAUGAAUCAAUGAUGCGGAAGAAAUAAAACAUUCACAUUUUAUACUAAAGUGGCCAACUGGCUUAGGUGGCUCAGUGCAUCGAUUGAUGUCACUGCAGUGCCAAUUUACCAGACCUUGAUUAGGAGAUCUUUCUAUUGUCUUGUGGUAAGACACUGUUGUGCAUGAGAAUUAUUCACAUCAUUGUUUUGGGAUUGUAAACGUAUUUUACGUUUCUGGGCGUUAAUUGGUUACGCACAUUCCUGGUCAAAAUAGUUCCAUUGUCAAAAUAGCUUCAUUCGCGUGAUUCUAUUUAAGCAAAGACAGCUAUUUACAUUAUAAUGUCAAUGAAUAAUAUUACCAGUGCAUCAUCUAUUUGUAUAUAAAGAAUUAAGACUAUUCUAGAAAAGCAAUAUCACAUGACAUGAAACAAGAACAAAAAUAGUUUUACGAACUAAAGUAAAAAAUAAUCAUUUGGACAUUUAAUGUAUUACAUAGAACCAACAUUGUUUAAUCAGUUGUCAUUUCAGUUUAUUAAUUCGUGUGACAAUUACAAUAAUUUUUACUUUCUCGUCCUUACUAAUGAAAGGAGAGAAUGUAUAGUAAUUUUGCGCCGGAAAAUGGCGUAUUUUAAAGCAGAAAAACUUAUUGUCGGGCCCUGGUAACGAAAGCAUGGAUAAAUUGUUCCAAAUAUAGUAAAUUACUUCCUUUUAACAAGUGGUGGUGCCAGAAUCCAUGUUUUGUGGGUCCUUGAUAUCGCAAAAUCAAUUGACGGCCAAAGUU